CGCCAUUUUGGCUGAGGUGUAAUUCGAAGUUUCGUCUUGUGUGUGAUUCGGCAAAUAAUUUUCCGUUUUAGUUAAUUAUAUCACUGACUUAACAAAUGUUGUAGGUAUUGACGUUGUACAUGAGGAGGUUUGAUUGAGACCGAAAAGGAGAAAUAUAAAUUGAUUUUAAAAGAAUAAUUAUAACUUUUCAGCUUGCUGAAGAUGGAAUAUGUAUAUUCUGAAAUGUUCAAGAAUUAAAUGUUUGUUACUGUACACACAUACAUGUCAAAUGUUCAUUGUUGCUGCCGUCAUUUGAAUAAAGUCAAUUUCAAUUAAACUACAUGCAAGUUAGGGUUAAGGAAAUUUGCAGUAGAGUAUACACUCAAGAUAUUGAUUUUUGUUAUUUUAGGUUUUAAUGUUUUAUAUGUAGGUUAAACAUUUAUUGCAUUGAUAAACUUGCCAACUUUUUUUGUCAUUUUUAACCUAUUGAAAUUCUGUGAUAAUGGUAAAUACUAAGUAGAGAAGUAGCUCUGGAAAAAGGUUGAACUAAAAGUUAAAGAUAUCUUUAUAAUUUAUAAAAAUAAUAUUAGAUUCUGAAUUGUAAAGGCUAAAAAAUAAUAAUAUUGGAAGUGUUUGAAAGUUUCAACUGCUAUUUGUACCAUGAGCUGCUGUUGAAAGUUUAAGAGAAAAUCUCUUAAAGUUUACACUAUAAACAAAAUUCAUUAUUUAGAAUUUUUACAGAACAGUGACAGUGGCUUGAACUUUUAGAUAAUUGAUACAUAUUCAAAAUGAAAAACAUUUACUUGUAACUUUUAAAAUGUAACUGAUAAGCUAAAAAAAAGAAAAAACUUAUUGUAAUACUAACAGCCAAUAGUAAUAAAUAAUUGGAACUCUACUUACACUGAUAUGUAGUUUUCAACUGGAUAUAAGUUUUGGGCUAGAUUUUAACAGUUAAAACUCAAUAGGUUAUUGAAAUGAUACACUAUACUUAAUUUUAUGGAGUAUUAUAUUUCUAAUGUACAAUGCUGAAUUGACACAUUGUUUUGGGUUUUUAGAUCUGCUUCAUCCAACACAGUCAUAAGGCCUAUUCUAAUUAAUGAAACCUGUACUUUAACCAUUAUUGAAGAUAGCAAUAAGCUAACUUCUUAAUCUCUUCAUAGGUAUUUUUUGUUUGGCUUACAGUUAUUUUAUAUCUUUUUGUCAGGAUAUCAACUGUUAUAUUACAAUAAUUUGUCAGCCUAAUAGUACAGAAUGUUGAAAUUGGAUAUAGCUCUCACAUUAUGGACCAUUUAAUUUGUAGAAAACAAAUGACCACAAAUUUUUGCCAAAGGUAAACACACAAUUAAAGUAACAUUCAAGGAAUAUUUAAUGAACUGUUUAAAUUAAAACCUUCAUUAUAUUACCAGAAUUUUUUUAUAUUUAGUAUUUUUUUCAAAGCAGAAUACAGUAAAUAGUAGAUCAGUAAAAAAAAAUAAACAAUUUUAUUAUUUACAUCUAUCACUUUGGAAGAGUUCUAUCAUCUUUGAAAAAAGAGAGGGAGAGAACAUUCUAGCUUAAGUGUUACUGGACAAUUCUUAAAACUGCAUUGUAAGAUUAUCCAGUAUUAUUGAGAUACCCUAUUUUCAUGCAAAUAACCAGCAGGCUAUAUGUUAAAUUAGUUCGCAAAAAUGCCAACUGUGGGGUAUAAUUGUUUGCGGGUAAUAUAGUAUUUUUUUUUUUUUUGUUUUUAAGACUGAAAUCACUAAUUUUCUAUCCCAAAUAUUUGUUUAUGUUGCUCUUGUUCUUGUUCAACACGUGGAGCGAUUCAUCAAUCGGCUAAGAAGUAUGUCUGUUAGCAAUGUGGAGGACAUGUCCUGAUUGGUGGAAAACUUCCUGAAGAUUCAACUAUUGGUAGCCACAGGCUACUCACCUCUAAUCUGGAAUCUCUUUUGAUCUGGUUGGUGGAUGGAUUAUUGCUAUGGUUACUACAGCACAGUGAGUUCCAUUGCUUCAGUAACGGAGCUUGAGACCUGGCUUUUACAGUUCUUUACUGCCUGAAUGUCUUCCUCCAAGUAUUCUGCCUUCGGUCGCUGGGGUUUUCACGAAGGUCAGAGAUGUGUGGUCCCUCUUCACCAAAAUCCUCUAUUCUUUUUUUCCUUUUUGAUCUUUUCUUCCUGAUGCACCACUACACAGUUCAGCUCACUCCAUCACCAGCCAAGAGACCAAACAGCCACACACCAGGCCCCACCAACGAGGGAGCCAAAAGCACCAAGUCAGAAGAGACCAAGAUCAUACCAAAUGGCCAGAAGCAGAGCAUGUCCAGGAGGGUGUUUGGUGGCUCAAGUGGCACAUACAAUGUGCGAGCCUCAGAGCUUGACAGAGAAAAAAGGGGUCGAACUAUACGCUGCGCAGUAUUCUUUUUGGAUGACACUCAGCACACCUUUGAAGUUGAUAAGCGUUGUAAAGGGCAAGUUCUACUAGACCUGAUAUUUCAACAUUUAGAACUGAUAGAGAAAGAUUACUUUGGGCUCCAGUUCUCUGAGGUGACCGGUGGCUUGGACACUAUGCGCUGGAUGGAUCCAACCAAGGGAGUGAGGAAACAAUUGAAAGCGGGACCUCCAUAUUUACUUUAUUUUCGUGUAAAGUUUUAUGUUUCUGACCCAAGUAAGCUUCAAGAAGAAUAUACGAGGUAUCACAUUUUCCUCCAGUUGAAGAAAGACAUUUUGGAAGGAAGAUUAAUUGUACCUCUUGCUACAUCUGUUUUAUUAGCAAGUUAUGCUGUUCAGUCUGAAUUGGGUGACUUUAUACCUGAGGAACACAAGCAUGGCUACCUGAAUGAAUUCCGUUUAGUACCUAAUCAAACAGAUGACAUAGAAAGAAAGAUAACAGAAUUGCAUAAACUUCACAAAGGCCAGACUCCUGCUGAUGCAGAAUUUAAUUAUCUUGACCAUGCUAAACGACUUGACAUGUAUGGUGUGGAUCUUCAUCGGGCAAGGGAUUCAACCAAUGCAGAAAUUCAACUGGGUGUUACUUCAGUUGGGCUAGUAGUCUUUCAGAACAGUAUUAAAAUCAAUACUUUCUCAUGGGCCAAAAUCGUAAAAAUAUCUUUCAAAAGGAAGCAGUUUUUUAUACAGUUAAGAAAAGAAGGGAUGGAAAACUAUGAUAGUUUAAUAGGAUUUAACCUGCUGAGUUAUCGCUCAUGUAAAAACUUGUGGAAGUCUUGUGUGGAAUAUCACACAUUUUUUCGCUUACACACUCCUCGUCCCCCACCUCGUCGCUUCUUUUUCACCCUGGGUUCCAGGUUUAGGUACAGUGGAAGAACAGAAUACCAAACCUUAGAGGAGGGGAAGAGAAGAGCCCGGACAGAGAGAACCUUCAUUAGAUCUCCUAGUAAAAGAUAUGCUCGCCAAACUAUCCCAGCUCUAACAAGAGAAGGGCUAGAUGGUAAAGAGAAAAAGCCGUCCAAAACAGGUGUUAAAAUGAAUGGGACCACCAUUGGCCAUGUCCGCCCAUAUGACAGUUUUAAUAACAAGAUUCAGGUCUCUGAGCCAGAGUACAGACCAAAGAAAGCCUGGGCUGAGACACCAACUGAAACCACUGCCUUUACUCCUGCCAUCUUGCCAAAACUGAUUGGCUACAUGGAUGAAGAAAGUCUGCCAUCUUACCUUGCUGAUGGGUUAAUGCCCAAUGGCCAUGAAGAAAUCCAGGGUUUAGUAACCAUCAGAAUGAAAGCAGAUGAGCAAGGAAGGUUUGGGUUCAAUGUCAAAGGUGGAGCAGAUCAGAAUCUACCAAUCCUGGUGUCAAGAGUGGCCCCUAAUACUCCUGCAGACACUUGCCUACCAAGGUUAAAUGAAGGAGAUCAAGUGCUUCUUAUCAACAAUAAAGAUGUUGCAGGGCUCACACAUGAUCAAGUUGUAAAGCUUAUCCGUGAAGUGUUAGAAAAAGGCUUGGGUUUUGCAUUGUAUGUUGGAGAAGAUGUGGAGGAACCAGAUUUUCAGUAUAUCCCGGAUGCUCCUCAUGUGUCUGCUCGUGUUCCUCGUUGCAAUGCUCUUGCUGAAUCCAUGUUAUUAUUAGGGGAAGGACUAGAGAGUGGAGCAGCUAUUGCACAGUUUGAGCAACUUUACAGAAAAAAACCAGGAAUGCUUUUUGCUGCAUCUCACUUUCCUGAUAACCUUGGAAAAAACAGAUAUCGAGACAUAUCUCCAUAUGAUGCUACAAGAGUUGUGCUUAAGCUAGGGACUACAGGAGAUUACAUCAAUGCAAGCCAUGUAAAUAUGGAAAUUCCAACAUCAGGAAUUGUAAAUCGUUACAUUGCUACACAAGGCCCACUUCCAAACACAAUUGUUGAUUUUUGGCAGAUGGUGUGGGAACAGCAGUCUACAUUAAUAGUAAUGGUGACAACUUUAAUGGAACGUGGGCGAGUUAAAUGUCAUAAGUACUGGCCGGAAAUAUAUGACACAGUUGAGUAUGGACGUCUUCAAGUGACUUGUCUAGUAGAAGUAGAAAGUCCGUCCUUUGUCCAGCGGGAGUUCACCCUCAUACAUACUGAGAGUUCUGAAGAAAGACAUAUCACUCACAUGCAAUAUACAGCAUGGCCAGAUCAUGGAGUGCCUGUGGAUGCUAGUGACUUUCUAGAGUUUACUGUGAAGGUUAGGCAAAACAGAGUAGGAGUGGUGGAGUCCACUGUAGUCCACUGCAGUGCAGGAAUUGGGAGAACAGGAGUUUUAAUUCUAAUGGAGACAGCUAUGUGCCUUAUUGAGGCCAACGAACCCAUUUACCCUCUAGACAUUGUCCGGGCUAUGAGAGAUCAGCGAGCAAUGCUCAUUCAAACUGCUGGCCAGUAUAAAUUUGUGUGUGAGGCAAUUUUGAAAGUAUACAAUGAAGGACUAGUGAAGCCACUUGCUGAGUACCAAAGAUGAGAAGGUAGUGUUCUUGUUGGCCAACUCUUUAAUGUGAUUCUUCUAGCAACUUAAGAGUCAUACAUUAGGAUGAACACAAAAGCAGUUUUAGAACAGUAUGUACAAUCAGCAGGUGCUUCCAUUUUAUAGAUUUUAUCUACUUCUGAACAAUUUUGUACAUAAACGUCAGCAUUUAAUAGCUGGGAAACUAUUAGAAUGACCACUGCCAUGUGUAUUGCAAAAAAAAAAAAGAAGCUAUUAGCAUAAGCUAUUAUGAAGAAUUGUUAACUGUCUAUUUAAUGUUUUUCCCCUUAAUUCAACACUUGAUUUGUUUUUCAAAUAAGUAGUAGUAAUAACUCUACUUGUACUAAAUCUCAAAUGUAACAUGCCCAGUUUUCAAAGAGUUUGACUCCAAGUUUCAUAACAAAUGUUUGAUAUUAGAAAGCUUGUUAUCUUCAAAAAAUAUCCGUUACUCUUUGUGAGAAGUUUGUUGCUAUACUUAUGAUUAUACUGAAUGUGAAAUAUCUUCAUGCAGUUGAGCCAGUGAAAAAGCUGAGUAUAGUAGACAUUAUUCAUUACAAACUGGACCACUGAAAUAGAUGAUUAGGGUAUGCAUUUGUCUGUGUGAGAAGGAGAAAGCUUGUAAAAGCUGAGUAGAGUACACAUUUGAUUUUCUGAGAAGAAAAAGUAUUAAAAUUGAAACUGAAUUGAGUUUGGUAAACAUUUUUAUGAGAAGAAAAAAUUAUGUAGUACAGUGUAAGCCAAUCAGUCAGGUGACCAUGGUAGUAUUUGUCUUUGUGAGAAUAAAAUAAAAAGCUUGUAACAUAGUUCUGUGCUAGACUUUGAAAGCUGGAAAGUGUUGUCUCUACUCUUAACAAUGAUAUACAAAUAACAGUGUAGUAAAACUCAUAUAAUGUAACUUGUACUUUGUUCCAUCCUUGGGCACAAAAAUUAAUAGGUUUAACUUCUAUAUUUUAUUUCUUAUAUUUAAUUAACAUCAAGAAAUCAAUAAUUAUUGCAAAAAAAUAUACUAUUGUAUUAAAUUAUUUUUUAAUUAGGGAACACUAUUAUUUAUACAGUUACAACAUGUAAAGUUCCAACUUUUGAGCUAUUUUUCUUCUUUACUGAAUAUAACUUAUGUAUUUGUAUUUUUAUUAUUUUUUCAACUGUUUCAUAACCAAAAUACAUUUUGCUUAACAUAAUUUGUAUUUUGUGUUGGUAUGAAGUAGAAUUCAUUUCUGAACUUAAUUUAUUAUUUUUUCUUAUGCUUAUCAGGAGUUUUGAACCUUUCCUAUUGAAAGAGUAAAAUAUUUGUUGUUAAAGUUUACACUGAAAACAUGUUGAGCGAAAGUGUUAUUUUCCUCAAACAGUGCUAUUUCAUCUCUACCACUUUAAGUGCUUUGUUAUGACCAUCAGAAACUUUUUAUUUUAAAAGAAGUGAUUAUAAUAUUAUCUUGUAAGUUUUAAUUUGAGAAUGAGCAUGCAUAGUCAUAAAAUUAACCAAUUGUUCACUCAGUAAGCUGAAUUUAUGCUACCUAGUUACAAAGUUUUGAAUUUCAAUGCUUAUCUUACCUAGUUAUAUAUUAUAUGAUUUUAAAUUAUCAUCCUGCCUGGUUAUACAUUUUAUGAUUUUAAAUUAUUAUCCUGCCUGGUUAUACAAUUUAUGAUUUUAAAUUAUUAUCCUGCCUGGUUAUACAGUUUAUAAUUUUUAGUUCAUGUCUUGCUUCAUUUCUUAUCCUGCUUAUUUUUACAGUUUGACUUUUACUGCUUAUCCUGCCUAGAUAUACAGCUGCUAAUUUUUAGUGCUUCCUCUACCUGGUUAUACAGAUUCUGACUUUCAGUGCUUUUCCUGUCUAGUUGUAUAGUUUCUAAUUUUCAGAAUUUAUUCUUUCUAGUUGUAUCAAUUUAUGACUUGCAGUAAUCAUUUUGUCUAAUUAUACAGUUUCUAACUCUCAGUUCUUAUGCUAUCUAUUCUAGUUAUAGUUUCUGACUUUCAGCAUCUAUCCUGCAUAGUUAUACAAUUUUUGACUUACAGUGCUUAUAAUAUGUAUUUGUACAAUUUCUGACUUUCACUGCUUAUUCUUUCUAAUUGUACAGUUUAUGACUCAGCUCAUCCUACCUGUACAUUAUUUGACUUUCAGUGCUUGUUCUAUCUAGUUAUACAGUUUCUGAUUUUCAUUGCUUUUCCUAUCUAGAUAUACAAUUUCUUUCAGUUUUUAUUCUAUACAAUUUCAGACUGUCAGUGCUUAUCAUAUCUCAUUAUACAGUUUUUUACUUUCAUUGCACAUCCUACCUAGUUACACACUUUCUGACUUUCAGUACUUAUCCUAAUUUCAAAUUUUCAUUACCUAUUUUAGUUAUUCUAUUACUGAAUUAAUUGCUGCAUUUGAGUGUAUUUUCUUUUUCAUUAUAAAAAUAUUCUGUUUCUUAGUAUAAGUUUAUGCUUAUCAUAUUGUUUUUGAAAUUUCAAAAGACAGGCCACUGUUCUUUACCUGACACUCCUCUACAUGGUUAAGUCUUACCUGUGUAUUUUAUUUAUGCUUGUGUAGACUAUAACUUUAGUUUUGUAAUCAAAUUUAAAUUGUUGCAGGCAACACCAUGUUAAUUUUUUGUAAUAGUUAACACUAGGUAGAUUUUCAGAGUAUUUAUAAAUGGAUGGAAUAUAAUAAUUGUGUUGAUGUUUUUUUUUACAUACAUGGAAUAUCUACUAAUGUAAUAUUCUAAACUGUUACCUAGAAUUAGCUGAAAUUGUUCCUGUUGUAGUCUGAGCUGAACUUGAAAUUGGAGUCAGUGCAAUGUGCACUUUUGUUUCUUCUAAUUUUGGAUUGAAGAAUCUUCAUUAUAAGUAACAAAUUAGUUUUUGAUGAUAUUCAUUAAGAUAUUCAGCUGUACCAAAACAGGAUAUCAAGAUAAAGUAUCAUACAAACUAUUAUGCUGUUUUCUAUUAAAUGAUACAAGGUUUAUAUAAUGAACAUGAUCCUAAAUUUGGGUGUUGAUCAAUAGGACUUUCAUUCCACUCAAAAAGUUGUUCAAGAUUAAUCAUAUUAGAUCAAUCCAAACAGUCAAAGAAUUGUUUAAAAACUGAAGUUUGAUAUAAAAGAAAAUAAAAAAAAUAUGAUUUUCUGUUUCUUUUACAUCAUUUUAGACAUAAUCAGUGUAUCUGUUAGUCAAUUUUUCCUUUUUUAUCUAGAGAUAACUGAGUUAUUGUUGUGUCAUUUAGUUUCUGUCUUUGUUUUUUGGUGUGUUUUUUUUUUCUUGUGCCCAUGUUAUUUGAGGACUGUUUGAUGAAAUAUGAUAAAUGAGGGAUUUAUUUAGAAUACAUUUGUAAAGUGUGUAAUAUUUAGUCCAUGUUCUGUUUAUACGUAAAUCCACGUUUGAUGGGUUUAGUGACUUGUGAAAGUUAGAUAGUUUUAGUAAGUACAGCUUGCAAAUAUCUGUCAAUUUUGUAAUGAUGUAAUGGUUCUAUAAAAUGUAUAGUUAAAGUUUAAGGUUUUGAAUAAGGAAUCCGAUAAAAUACAAUGCUUGAAUCAUGCAAGAACUUUUUAUUUACAAACAGUAUGUUCACUACAUCACCAAAGAACACUGUGGUGAUAAGGAUAACUCUUUUUCUCUUUUGUGUUUAUUUUAGUGGGCUUGAUCUUCAAAGUACUUAAACCUAACUGCCAGUUUUCAGUGAAGAAGGGGUAUUGUAGGAAAAUAAAAUAUAUUUUUGUCAA